GUCUGUCUCUCCUAAUUGCCAAAUCACGGAUCCAUUUGCUGGUUAGUUAUGAUCGACAGCCGGAUCCGUACAAGUCAUGGACGGCGGACGGCGGACCCCUUCCUCCCUAUAUAUAUAAGCUAGCUAGCACGCACACGAAUGCCCCAGAGCUUCCCAAAUAUCCAAUCGCGAUUCGAUCGUUUCAUUUGUCAUGGAUCCGGGCAAGCAGAAGCAGAGCGCCGCCGCCGCCACCGAUGACGCCACAAACAACAAGUCCUCUCCCGACGCCGACGCCGCCCUCGCAUCCUACAUGCAGAAGGCGAUGCGCGUCGACGACCUGACCUUGGAGGAGACGCAGCAGGCGGCGCAGCAGGGGUACUACCCCUACUACGUGGCGCCGACCUCGCUGUCGUUGGCGCGUCCGUGGGCGCCCCAGCGUCAGGCCAUCCCCCACAACCCGCCGCUGCCGCAGGAUCUUCAGGUGACGCGGCGAUUCUGGCCGCAGACGCCGCCGCCGCCGCAACCCGAGCCGUCGGAGGCGAGCCGCUCGUCGCCAGGAGGCUUCUCGGUGAUCGGAGCCUACCAGUACCAAUCCCAAUCUGUCGCAUCGUCCUCUCAGCCGCCGCCUUACACGCUGAGCGCCAGCCAGUACUACCAACCCUUCGCCUCGCUCCCAUCUGCGGCGGCAUCGGCGAGCUCUUCCAGCACCAACAACGCCGACCAGGCCCAGUACUACCUGGUUCCCGUCCCCGCCGCCGCCGCCCACUACCAGUACCAGUCCGGUGAAGCCUCAUACGCUCCUGAUGAUUUCUUCCUGGAACCGAAUCAGAUACAGAUGCGUCCACGCCAGACGGCGCAGGGAGCCCUCAGGCUCCCCGAUUCCCCCGAGCGCGUGGUCCGCCUGCUCCAGGACGGCGACGAGCGGACGCGCCAGAGCGUGCUCCACGCGGUCAGAUCUCUCGUUCACGCUUUCAUGGACAGCGAGGAGGGGCACGAGGUGUUCGUCGCGCUGUUGCGGGCCUGCUGGGACCGGCCCGACGAGCUCAAGGCCAUUGUCGAUGCCGCCGUCCCGCCCAGGCCCAGCUACUACUCCUACGGGAAGCCCUCGCUGCUGCUGCGUGCGUCCAAGCACGAAUAUUACUGGGAUGCUUCUCUGAAGGAGCUCAUCACGGCGGUGGCGAGGCACCCCGAUGACCUCUGCCCGACACUCUUACAGGGUCUCCUCAGCGAAGGCUUGUUGGAACACGCCAAAGGGGAACAGCUGGUUCAGCACUGCUUUGCCACGAUGCGCUACGAGGAUACCAGGAUUCUGCUGCGCACCGCCCACUACCAGUUUAACUCCCUGCUCAAGUCGUCGCUCGGGUCCAAGUGCCUGGUGGAAUGCUUCGCGAACGCGAGAGACAAGGAGCUCCGUGACUUCCAGCAACGCCUCCUUGCUGACGCCGUCAACAUCGCAACGGGAGAGUACAGCAACUACUUCGUGCAGCACGCCCUGGACCACGGCAGCAGCGACGAGUUCAAGCAGGGCCUCAUCGAGCAGCUCAUGGCAGAUGUGGAGCACCUGUCCCUGAACCAAUACGGGAGCUACGUCGUGGAGAAAUGCCUCAAGAAUACCGGGCUGCUGUACCGCGUGCUCCUGGCGUUCCUGCGCCUGAAUCCUGACCAGCUCGCCAAUCUCGUCAUGGGCAAGUACGCCAACUACGUCGUCCAGAAGCUGCUCCAUAAUGGCAGAUAUAGGUUCCCUUCGGAGACAAUGAUGCUGGCACAGUCAAUCGAGAGGCUGCCAGAGAACGUCCUGGAGAACGAGUACGCGAAGAAGGUGGCGAAGAUGAGCAGGAAGAUCGUCUCGUCCCGCAGGCACCGCCAGUACUAUGGGUGAUCCCUGGUGUAUUCUGUUGUAGUAUUACCCAAUGCAGGCCGUCAGGCGUUUUUUAAGAUUUUUGUAGCCGAUCCAAAGCAUGUCGUCAUGAGAACCGGUAUGAGUGUCUGUGAGUUCGUCUGUUACUUUGUGUGUCUGUUCGAUUUGAAUGAUCUGUAUUCAUCAAAGUGUAAGCGCUACUGUCCUGUUACUUUGGGUUAUAUGUACUGUGUUGUGUUCAUCGUCUUGUGUAUCAUGGGCACCUUUAAAGACAAUUGUACCAUGUGUGUCCCAUUUGCAUUCGUGGUUAAGACUAUAUAUGAGGAUUUAUUUCUUA